CGCCCGAGCCGUGACCAUCGCAGGAGGAGGAGGAGUCCGCGACGGAGCAUCCAUGGUGGCUUCAGGCGGGGAGCCCAGGCUAGGGGCACCUGCUGGAUGUGCCCCCCCAGGCAGCAUGCGCCCCGAGGCAGCCAGGCAGGAGGGCCGGCCCAACACAGAUGAGGUGCUGACAGGAAUGAUCCAGGGGAUUAUAUCCCAAUGGCUUCCUCACAUCCCCUGGAACUGACCGUCUUGGGGGAUGGACCGGGGCCCAGCCGAAGAACCCCACCAGGGGUUCCUUCAUCCGCAUGGACAGCUCCCAGUGCCGGCAUUGAGAAUGUCUCCUACGAGGGGGAGGAGGAAGAGGAAGAAGAGGAGGCAGAGACCUCCUUCCCGAAUGGCCGCGGGUCAACCGGCGGUCCCAGGGAAUCUUCAGCGCCCCCCAGGGGAGACCUCUCUCCCAGGUCGGAGGAUGGUUCUCCGUCAGACGCGGCCGGGAAUUCCGUGGACUACGGCUUCAUUUCGGCUCUGGUCUUCUUGGUGGGCGGGAUUUUGCUGGUGAUCGUGGCCUACAGCAUCCCUCGGGAGGCCAGGGUCGACCCAGACACGGUGUCCGCCCGGGAGAUGGAGCGGCUGGAGAUGUACUACGCGCGCCUGGGAUCUCAGUUGGACAAGUGCAUCAUCGCGGGCUUGGGCUUCUUGACCUUGGGGGGCAUGCUCCUCUCCACGCUCUUGAUGGUCUCCAUCUACAAAGGGGAGCUGUACCGGAGAAGGACCUUCCCGGCCUCCAGGGCUCCCAGGAAGACCUACGGAUCUAUAAACCUGCGGAUGAGGCAGCUGAACGGGGAAGGGGGGCAAACGCUGGUGGAGAAUGAGGUGGUUCAGGUGAUGGAAGUCGCCCCCAGCAGCCAGAACUGCUGACGUUUCUAGACAGGGGGCCCGAUAUGACGACGGCCCUUCCUGUUUAAACCGAGUUGAAGGCCCCAGGCCUCGAGAAGGCUUUUUGGAGCUGAGAGAAGAGCUCACUGGAACACAUUCAAUGGUCACUUUGUACCUCAGAGGAGAUGAGAAGGAAAGAAAGGCUGGAAUUCCACCUGAUGCUGGGAAGCCGCUUUAAAUAAAACCUCAGGCAAAGACUUGUCUUCUUGGCUAACGUUAAUAGGCAAUCCCUUUCUGCUUCCUGGGUGCUUUCCAAAGCGCCCGGAUGAGAGCUCCAAUAAAACUUCCGUAAAGUUUUCUGUGCCGGGUUUGGCCCAGGGAUAACACUUUCCUCACCCAAAGCUCCUUUUCGCCACCGCUGCAAAAACAAAAAAAGCCUCGGCCGACAAAACGGAGCCAAAGUCACCUGUCGGAGAUCCCCCACGGAGGACGGUGCCAUGCAGCGAAAGGCCGGCACUUUGGAGCUAAGUCACUGUGUUUUCUUCUGCGGUAAUUUGUUAGCAAUAGUUCGAUGUACCAGACACGGAAUGCUGGAUUUCGGUGGAAACCCCCCCCCCCCGCCAUCUCGCAAAAGGGCACCGUGCGUUCAAAUGGGAUUCCUCCAACUCGAGGUCGCAGCGCCUUCUUCGCGAGGUCUCCAUUUUGAACACGUCCUGGAAGCGAAGCCGGGAUGGAAAAAUCCACAGGCGGACUCGCAGGUCGGCUCUUCGCACCAGCACACCCGAACCCCGUCGUCCCACACAUACAACACAUACAACACUGAAAGAACCACGCCUGUUUCCGAAUGUUUUUGGCUCAGACCAGAAAUGCACCCAAAAGCAAACGGCAAUUUCGGACGCUCUCCAUCUCCCGAGUUCUUCUGGCUGGUAAACGCCGUGUCCCCAACAAGGUAACCUGCCUUUGAUGUCAAAUGUAUUGGCUGCAAACGGGGGGAUAAAAUUACCUCCGGAACCCAAAGCAUGAAAGAUUAAUGAAGGCCGGUGGGGAGCUGGCACGGAGAAAAGUAUGUCAGCAGGAAGGAUAAAAAUGGAAAUAACUCCGCCACCGCGCUGAAGGUGACCCCUCGCAAGGGACGGAGGCUGGCAACCCACCAAUGUGCUGCUCUCAAGGCUUCUUGGGGUGGUCCAUACCAGGAAACAAACGAUAUCGAUCGCUCGGCAACUGAGACUGCAGCGGCCCCAGGGAAAGGACGGCGCAGUUAGUGUGUUUGCUCGGGCCAGGUUGAUGGGCCUGGAGAUCUUGAUACAUUGGGGGAGUUUCCUUUGGGGGUGGGGGGGGAGAGUUGCUGUAACUAGGGGGGGUGAGGGAGUCCGUUAUUUUAAAAUUAAUUUGAAAAUACUACAUUUGACACUGGAGGAAUGGUUCGUCUGACUUACAGUGGGAUCAAGCAGUACGGUAAAAGAACAGGCAGGGUGAGCAGCUCUGUUUCAGAAUGGGAGACACAAAUUGGGGAGCACUUCUUCAUAUUAAAACAUCCCCGCAAGGGGAAAACUAGCA